AUGACUAGGGCAUCACCAUCACUUAAGAUUGAAGCGGUGACUCAACCAUCACCAUCUCCAAAUAUGGAAAAAAUGACUAGGGCAUCACCAUCACCAAAGAUUCUGAUUGAUGAGGCGACUCAACCAUCACCAUCACAAAAGAUGGAAAAUCAACCAUCACCAUCACUAAAUAUGGAAAAAAUUACUAGGGCAUCACCAUCACUAAAGGUUGAAGAGGUGACUCAACCAUCACCAUCACCAAAAAUGGAAAAAAUGACUAGGGCAUCACCAUCACUUAAGAUUGAAGAGGUGACUCAACCAUCACCAUCACCAAAGAUGGAAAAUCAACCAUCACCAAAUAUUGAAAAAAUGACUAGGGCAUCACCAUCACCAAAGAUGGAAAAAAUAACAAGGGCAUUACCAUCACUUAAGAUUAGAGAGGUGACUCAACCAUAA